ACCAGGGCCACCCGCCCACCCCAUCAGCGCCACCGGAGGGGGAAUCGGAGAACAGGAAAAAAAAUAAUUCGGCUGCGGCUGCGGCUGGCAAUGCUGGCAUAGUGGCGGCAUGAUAAUAAACAGAAACGAUAAAAACAUAAGCAGAACUCACACGUGUGUUGAAGCUCCGUUUGAAGUGUGCUGAAGAAAAUUCAUGACUAUCAGGAUGGGAACCAAGACGAAGCCGCUUGCUUUCCAAAUUUUGGCUGAGUGCUCAAUAAGCAAAGCUCGGACAAGUUUACUCGAACUUCCACAUCACACAGUGGAGACCCCUGUUUUUAUGCCCGUUGGAACACAAGGUACCAUGAAAGGUAUUCUACCGCAGCAGCUAGAAAAGCUUGACUGCCAAAUUAUACUCGGCAAUACCUAUCACCUUGGAACAAGGCCGGGUCCUGAGCUAAUGGCCAAAGUUGGUGGUCUUCACAAAUUUAUGAACUGGAAACGAGCUCUUCUAACAGACUCAGGCGGCUUCCAAAUGGUGUCUUUGCUUAAAUUGGCCACAAUAACUGAGGAAGGAGUUAAUUUCUCUUCUCCAUUUGACGGUUCACCGUGCAUGUUGACCCCGGAGAGGUCAAUAGAAAUCCAAAACGCAAUUGGCGCUGACAUAAUUAUGCAACUGGACGACGUCGUUAAAACAACCACUACUGGUCCAAGAGUGGAAGAAGCAAUGCACAGAACCACUCGAUGGCUGGACAGGUGCAUCGCAGCCCACAAAAACCCAGAAACGCAGAACAUUUUUCCGAUUGUCCAAGGUGGUUUAGACCCUGAACUUCGUCAGCAGUCUGCAAAACUUCAUGUGGAAAGGAAUGUAAAUGGAUUUGCAGUAGGCGGUUUAAGUGGUGGUGAGAGUAAAGACGAAUUCUGGCGCGCCGUCCACCUCUCAACAGAUAUUUUGCCCAAGGACAAGCCCCGCUACCUGAUGGGCGUUGGUUUUGCUCUUGACCUUGUGGUUUGUUGUGCUCUGGGAAUCGACAUGUUUGACUGCGUCUUUCCGACCAGAACGGCCCGAUUCGGAUGUGCUCUUGUUGAUUCCGGACAGUUGAACUUGAAGCAGCAAAAGUAUGCAGCAGAUUUUGCACCGAUUGACAAAAAUUGCGACUGCAGCACUUGCCAGAGGUACACAAGAGCUUUCCUACACACGAUUGUGAAGAUUGAGUCGUCAGCAUGCCAAAUGCUGACCAUCCACAACUUGGCCUAUCAGAUGCGACUGAUGAGAGGCAUAAGGGGAAGUAUUAAAGAAGAUCGGUUUCCCCAGUUUGUUCAAGACUUUUUGGAUAAGUUGUAUCCAGACCGAAACUUCCCAACUUGGGUUUGUGAUGCGCUCAGUGCAGUGAACGUCAAUGUGGACAGAAAAGAAUCAAAAGAUGAUUAAUUUUUUGUAUCUUUUACAUUUUGAAAAUUUUCGACCAAAUAGACACCAAUUUACAAUGCAA